UUUCCCGGGAGUUUGGGGGAUCUUUCUGGCUUUCUGAUCUUUGUCCUUGUCACUGGCUUCCGGGAAGCCGGCGGGAGCCGGACAGCGGGUACCUGACUGCCCGGCCGGGGCGGCUGCCAUGGCGACGGUGCAGGCAGCCUCCUGCCCAGAGGAGAGCGGGCGGCGGGCGCGCCCAGAUCCCGCGUCCGGGGACCCGUCUCCGCCGGUGCUGUUGCUCAGCCACUUCUGCGCCGUUCCCUUCCUCUGCUUCGGGGAUGUCCGCGUGGGCACGUCGCGGACGCGGUCUCUGGUCCUGCACAACCCGCACGAGGAGCCUCUGCAGGUGGAGCUGUCGCUACUGCGCGCCGCAGGCCAGGGCUUCAGCGUGUCGCCGAACCGCUGCGAGCUGAAGCCUAAAGAAAAAAUUACCAUUUCUGUUACCUGGACACCACUGAGAGAAGGGGGAGUAAGGGAGAUUGUUACAUUUCUUGUAAAUGAUUUUCUGAAGCACCAGGCUAUAUUACUAGGAAAUGCAGAAGAGCAUAAGAAGAAAAAGAGAAGUCUUUGGAAUACCAGUAAGAAGAUUCCAGCCUCUUCAAAACAUACAAAAAGGACUUCCAAAAACCAAAAUUUUACUGAAUCAUUUACUAUUUCACAAAAAGACAGAAUUAGGAGCCCACUGCAACCUUGUGAAAAUCUGGCUUUGAGUGAAUGCUGUUCCCCAACAGAAAACAAUGCUUUGCCCCUUGAAGAAAACAAAGUACCCACCUCAUCCAUUAGCCCUGUUAGAGAAUGCCAGAGUGAAACUUGCUUGCCACUGUUUUUAUGCGGGUCCACUGCCUAUUCAUCUCUUCAUGAAUCUGAAAAUGCACAAAAUUUAAAAGUACAAGAUGCCAGCAUUUCACAAACUUUUGAUUUUAAUGAGGAAGUUGCAAAUGAAACUUUUAUUAAUCCCAUUAGUGUCAGUCACCAGAGUGAAGGGGAUAGAAAACUCAUGCUUGCCCCAAACUGUUCUUCACCUUUGAAUAGUACACAGACCCAAAUACACUUUCUAAGUCCAGAUUCUUUUGUAAACAACAGCUAUGGGUCUGAUAACGGCCCGAGGUCAAUGAGAAGUGUUUUAUCAGCUACAUUUAGGAAAGAUCCCUCAGAGUCUGUAUGUCUGGAAUCCCAAAUUAUACAUGAAGUUUGCCAAACAAUCUUAAGCCCAGAUUCUUUUUUAAGUGAUAAUUAUGGACUUAAAAAAGGUCUAAACUUAGAGUCAGUCAAACCCGUUUUGUCUCCAACACAAUUUUUAAAGGAUAACAUGGUACAUGUAGGUCAGCAAACGGGUAAGUCAAAUAAAACUCAGGAUUGGAGAAUAAAUGAAGGGUUGGCAUAUACCCCUGAGUGUCAGCAUACACAGACUCCCAGCAGUAGAUUUGAAAAACAAAACCCUGUAGAAAUGAACUCACAUAAGUAUGGUUUUACAAAGCAAAAGCCCAAGAUUUCUGAGUUUCAAGAUGCUCUUUGUAACCAGAGCAAACAGCCGAAAAAGAGACGCCCAAUUCUUUCUGCCACUGUUACGAAAAGGAAACCCACCAGUGCCCGAGAAAAGCUACCUGAGAUUAACAAGCCAGAUGCAAAAAGAUGUCUGGAAGGUCUAGUAGGUGAAUGUGGAAAAGAAGUGGAUGACCUAAGAGAGAAAAGUUUUCAUUCCUCUCUUCCAGUAGUAGAACCAGGAAUAAGUAAACCUCCGAGUUAUAGAAAUGAAGUAACGCCUUCAACUGUUGUAGUUGCUCGUAAAAGAAAGAGCAAUGGAACAGUGGGAGGUGCAAAUGGGAAGGUAGCAGUUGCAGAAUGGAUGGACAUGAGUCAAGUCAAACGAAUCCAUUUUUCUCCUCUGGAAUCUACACCCUUAACUGUUGCAAGAACCACAAAGAAAGAAGCACUCACCUCAAAGCACAUCAGCAGCUUGGAGCGGUCAGGCCUGAAGAAGAAAACGGAUUCAUUAAUAUUUAAAACACCUCUUUCUAAAACAAAGAAAAAGAGAAGAUCCAUUGUUGCUGUAGCACAGUCUCAUCUGACCUUUAUAAAGCCAUUAAAAGCAGCUAUUCCUAGACACCCAAUGCCGUUUGCUGCAAAAAACAUGUUCUAUGACGAACGCUGGAAGGAAAAGCAGGAACAGGGCUUCACUUGGUGGCUAAAUUAUAUAUUAACACCUGAUGACUUCACUGUAAAAACCAAUGUUUCUAAAGUGAACGCUGCCAGCCUUGUUUUGGGAGCGGAGAGCCAACAUAAAAUCAGUGUCCUGAAAGCACCUACAAAAGAGGAAGUAUCUCUCAGAGCUUAUACAGCCAGCUGCAGGCUGAAUAGAUUACGUCGUACAGCUUGCUCCUUGUUUACUUCUGAAAAAAUGGUUAAAGCUAUUAAAAAGGUUGAAAUCGAAAUUGAAGUUGGGCGGCUACUUGUUCGAAAAGAUCGACACCUCUGGAAAGAUAUUGGACAACGCCAAAAAGUCCUGAAUUGGCUCUUGUCAUAUAAUCCUCUGUGGCUUCGAAUUGGUCUGGAGACAGUUUUUGGAGAACUGAUCCCUCUGGCAGACAACAGCGAUGUUACAGGAUUGGCGAUGUUCAUUCUGAAUCGCUUACUUUGGAAUCCUGAUAUAGCAGCUGAAUAUAGACACCCCACUGUUCCUCUCCUGUUUCGGGACGGUCAUGAAGCAGCUUUGUCUAAGUUUACAUUGAAAAAAUUGCUGUUGUUGAUCUGUUUCCUUGAUCAUGCUAAAAUUUCCAGGCUUAUUGAUCAUGAUCCUUGUCUCUUCUGUAAAGAUGCUGAAUUCAAGGCGAGUAAAGAGCUUCUUCUAGCCUUUUCACGAGAUUUCCUAAGUGGUGAAGGUGACCUUUCUCGUCAUCUUAGCUUCUUGGGGUUACCCGUGAGCCAUGUUCAGACACCACUUGAUGAAUUUGAUUUUGCUGUUACGAAUCUUGCAGUGGACUUACAGUGUGGGGUUCGCCUUGUGCGAACUGUGGAGCUUCUCACACAGAACUGGAAUCUGUCCGACAAACUCAGGAUCCCUGCAAUAAGUCGAGUUCAAAAGAUGCACAAUGUUGAUCUCGUCCUUCAGGUUCUCAAAUCACGCGGAGUUCCACUGACUGAUGAGCAUGGGAGUACCAUCUUGUCUAAGGAUAUCGUGGACAGGCACAGAGAGAAGACCCUUGGGUUGCUUUGGAAAAUAGCAUUCGCCUUCCAGGUGGAUAUUUCCCUUAAUUUAGAUCAAUUAAAGGAAGAAAUUGAUUUUCUAAAGCACACACACAGUAUAAAGAGAGCUAUGUCUGCACUAACAUGCCCUUCGCAAGCUAUUACUAAUAAGCAAAGAGACAAAAGGAUUAGUGGGAACUUUGAACGCUAUGGUGACAGUGUGCAGUUGUUGAUGGAUUGGGUAAAUGCAGUUUGUGCCUUCUAUAAUAAAAAGGUGGAGAAUUUUACAGUGUCUUUCUCAGAUGGCCGUGUGCUAUGCUAUUUGAUCCACCAUUACCACCCAUGCUAUGUGCCUUUCGAUGCUAUAUGCCAGCGCACCACUCAGUCUGUGGCCUGCACACAGACUGGUUCAGUGGUAUUGAAUUCUUCAUCUGAAUCUGAAGGAGGUUGUCUGGAUCUGUCUCUUGAAGCACUUGAUCACGAAAGUACUCCAGAAAUGUACAAAGAACUUCUAGAAAACGAGAAGAAAAAUUUUCAUUUGGUGAGAUCUGCAGCUAGAGAUCUUGGAGGAAUACCUGCUAUGAUUCAUCAUUCAGACAUGUCAAAUACAAUUCCAGACGAAAAGGUGGUUAUCACGUAUUUGUCAUUUCUUUGUGCAAGGCUCUUGGAUCUCCGUAAAGAAAUAAGAGCAGCUCGACUUAUACAGACGACAUGGAGAAAAUAUAAACUAAAAAGAGAUCUGAAACACCAUCAGGAAAGAGACAAAGCUGCUAGAACUAUUCAGUCAUUUGUUCUCAAUUUUCUAAGUAGACGAAGAUUGCAAAAAAAAGUCAAUGCAGCUCUGGUCAUUCAAAAAUGUUGGCGAAGGGUCUCAGCACAGAGGAAGUUACUGAUGCUGAGAAAUGAAAAACUGGCAAAACUUCAAAGUAAAUCAGCAUCGCUCAUUCAGGCUUAUUGGAGAAGAUAUUCCACCAGAAAACGGUUUCUGAGGUUGAAGCACUAUUCAGUCAUCCUUCAGUCUAAGAUAAGAAUGAAAAUUGCUCUUACGUCUUACAGACAAUAUCUUUGGGCCACAGUUACAAUUCAGAGGCAUUGGCGCGCCUAUAUAAGUGGAAAACAAGAUCAGCAAAGAUUUAGAAAGCUGAAAUCCUCAUCCCUUAUAAUCCAGUUUAUGUUCCGAAGGUGGAAGCGACGCAAACUGCAGUUACAAACCAAAGCUGCAGUAACAUUGCAGCGAGCUUUUAGAGAAUGGCAUCUCAGGAAACAAAUACGAGAAAGAUCCGCUGUUGUGAUACAAUCAUGGUACAGAAUGCACAGGGAAUUUCAGAAAUACAUUUAUAUUAGGUCUUGUGUUGUUGUCAUCCAGAGAAGAGUUCGGUGCUUUCAAGCCCAAAAGUUAUAUAAAAGAAGAAAAGAUGCCAUCCUGACUCUCCAGAAACACUACAGGGCAUAUCAGAAGGGGAAGCUAGCACGUGCUGACUAUUUGCAGAAACGAGCUGCCACCAUUCGACUACAGGCUGCAUUCAGGGGGAUGAAGGCUCGCCAUUCGUACAGGUUGCAGAUUGAAGCUGCCUGUGUUCUUCAGUCCUAUUGGAGAAUGAGACAGGAAAGAGUUAGAUUUUUAAACCUUAAAAAGAUGGUUAUUAAGUUGCAAGCACACAUAAGAAAAUACCAACAACUACAGAAAUAUAAGAAGAUAAAGAAAUCAGCCAUUACAAUUCAGACUCAUUUCCGAGCUUCCAUUUCAGCCAGGAGGGUUCUAGCAUCUUAUCAGAAAACAAGGUCUUCAGUCAUUGUUCUACAGUCUGCAUGUAGAGGGAUGCAAGCCAGGAAAGCAUUUCGCCAUGCUUUAACAUCUGUUAUAAAGAUUCAGUCAUAUUAUCGGGCUUAUAUAUCUAGGAAGACAUUUCAGAACUUGAGAAAUGCCACAAUAAAGCUGCAGUCAAUUGUCAAAAUGAAACAAUCACGGAAGCAGUAUUUACAGAUAAGAGCGGCUGCACUAUUUAUCCAGCGGUGGUACCGUUCCCAAAAACUGGCUGCACAAAAGAGAAAAGAAUACAUACAGGUGCGUGAAUCCUGUAUCAAAUUACAGUCACACUUUAGAGGAUGCCUGGUCAGAAAGCAGAUAAGGUUGCAGCAGAAAGCUGCCAUUUCUCUACAGUCUUAUUUCAGAAUGAGGACAGCGAGGCAGCGCUACCUCAAGACGUGCAAGGCGGCUCUUGUCAUUCAGAGUUUCUACUGUGCCUACAGAGCACAAGUCACUCAAAGGAAGAACUUCUUGCAGGUCAGAGGAGCAGUGAUUUGUUUGCAGGCAGCUUACAGAGGCUGCAAAGUACGCCGGCAAAUCAAGCAGCAGUCGACGGCUGCUGUUACAAUUCAGAGGGUUUUUAGAGGCCACAGUCAGAAGAUGAAAUACCAGACUAUGCUUCAGUCCGCUGUGAAGAUUCAGAGAUGGUACAGGACACACAAGGUUGCUUAUGACAUGAGAAUUCAAUUUCUAAAGACGAGAGAGGCUGUGGUUUCCCUCCAGUCCGCCUACCGUGGCUGGCAAGUUCGGCAGCAGCUCAGGAGGCAACAUGAGGCUGCAGUGAAGAUCCAGUCUACUUUUAGAAUGGCCAUGGCCCAGAAACAGUAUCAACUACUAAGAGCAGCUGCAGUAGUCAUCCAGCAGCGUGUGAGGGCACGGACUGUGGGGAAGAGGCAGCACUUGGAGUACACCCAGCUCCGUCAUGCAGCUCUGGUGUUUCAGGCUGCAUGGAAGGGAAAGACGCUGAGAAGACAGAUUGCCCUGCAGCAUCAAUGCGCUGCCCUUAUACAGUCAUAUUACAGGAUGCACGUUCAGCGCAGGAAGUGGAGCAUCAUGAAAACCGCUGCUCUUCAGAUUCAGGUGUGCUAUAGGGCUUACAAAGUUGGAAAAGAACAGCGCCAUUUAUACUUGAAAACAAAAGCAGCUGUAAUAAUUUUACAGUCAGCUUACCGUGGUAUGAAAGUGAGAAAGCGGGUAGCUGAGUGCCACAAAGCAGCAGUCACUAUACAGUCUAAAUUUAGAGCCUACAGAACACAAAAGAAGUACACGACCCAUAGAACUUCAGCUAUUGUAAUUCAGAGAUGGUAUCGGAAUAUUAAAAUUACAACCCAGGAGCAUCAGGAAUACCUUAACUUAAAGAGGGCAGCAAUUAAAGUCCAGGCUGCGUAUAGGGGCAUUAGAGUUAGGAGACACAUUCAGCAUAUGCACAUGGCGGCCACACUUAUUAAAGCCAUGUUUAAGAUGCAUCAGUGGAGAGUAAGAUACCUCAAGAUGAGAACAGCAGCUCUUGUAAUUCAGGUGCGAUACAGGGCGUAUUAUCUAGGUAAAAUUCAGCAUGAAAAGUACCUGAGGACUUUGAAGGCCAUUAAAACCCUUCAAGCUGGAGUCAGAGGAGCAAGGGUGAGACAGACUGUAAGAAAGAUGCAUUUUGCAGCAACACUCAUUCAGUCACAUUUUAGGAGACACAGGCAGCAAACUUACUUUCAUCGGUUGAGGAAGGCAGCAACCAUAGUGCAGCAGAGAUACCGAGCAGUGAAAGAAGGAAGCGCUGAGUUUCAGAAGUACAGCCGACUAAGGUGUUCUGUAAUCCUCAUCCAGGCUGCCUUUAGGGGACUGAAAACUAGGAGACACUUAAAAGCUAUGCACUUAGCUGCUACUCUCAUUCAGAGGAGAUUCAGGACUCUCCUGAUGAGAAGGAAGUUCCUCUCUCUCAGGAAAACUGCCAUUAGGAUUCAGAGACAGUACCGUGCAAGACUUUAUGCCAAGUGUUCCCGACAACAGUUACUGUUGGAAAAGGCAGUUAUAAAGAUCCAGUCAUCAUACAAAGGGUGGGUGGUAAGGAAAAGGGUGCGAAAGAUGCACAUGGCUGCUACUGUGAUUCAGGCCACUUUCCGGAUGCACAGAGCCUACAUGGGGUACCAGCAUGUGAAGCAGGCCUCAGUUGUUAUCCAAAGGCAAUACCAAGCACACACAGCUGCUAAACUGCAGAGGCAGCUUUUCCUCAGGCAAAAGCAUGCUGCUGUGGUCCUUCAGGCUGCCUUUAGGGGGAUGAAAACCAGAAGUCAUCUGAAGGCUAUGCAUUCUUCUGCAACCCUUAUUCAGAGUAAAUUUAGAGCUUUUAUAGUAAGGAGACGAUUCAUUGCUCUCAGAAAAGCUGCUAUAUUUGUGCAGAGGAAAUUCCGAGCCACCCUUUAUGCCAAGCAUAAAUUGCACCAAUUCUUGCAGUUACGAAAGGCAGCCAUUACAAUACAGUCCUCUUAUCGAAGACUGAUGGUACAAAAGAAGUUACAAGAAAUGCACAGGGCUGCAGCUCUCAUCCAGGCUACUUUUAGAAUGCACAGAACUUACGUUGCAUUUCACAUUUGGAAAUGUGCCUCGAUUAGAAUUCAGCAGCGUUAUCGAGCAUACAGAACUAUAAAACUACAAAAAGAAAUACUCCUCAGAGAAGAACAACACAGUGCUGCUGUCAUAAUACAAAGCACAUACAGGAUGCAUAGGCAGCGUUGCUUCUACCAGCAGCUUCGGUGGGCAGCAAAGGUCGUACAAAAAAAGUACAGAGCAAAUAAGAGACGGCAAGAUCUGCUUUAUGUGUGUAAGGAAGAAACACCUCUUAGUCAGAUGCAUUUCCAGGGUUUAAACACUGCAAAACAAGGUCAGCGGCAGCAUGAGGCCACUGUGAUUAUCCAGAAGCAUUUUAGAGCCUUUAAAGCAAGGAGGCCUAUGGAGUCUGAGAGAGGCUUCCAGGCUGUAUGUAGAAAGUAUAAAGCUAAGAAAUACUUAUCUAAAGCGGAAGCUGCCAGCAGGAUUCAAGCUUGGUAUAGGCGUUGGAGAGUGCGCAAGAGAUAUCUAACUUUAUUGAAAGCUGUUAGAAUUACUGAAGGUUACUUCUCUGCGAAGCUGGAGAGAAGGAGGCUCUUAAAGAUGAGGGCAGCAGCAAUUAUAAUUCAAAGGAAAUGGAGAGCUACACUUUCUGCAAGAGGAGCUCGUGAGAAUUUAAAAAGACAUCGAGCCGCUUGUGUGAUCCAAGCCCACUUUAGAGGCUAUCAGGGAAGGCAGUCCUUCCUGCAGCAGAGAUCUGCUGCUCUAAUCAUACAGAGACAUGUACGAGCCAUGGCAGCUGCGAAGCAGGAAAGGCUAAAGUAUAUCAAAUUGAAAAAGUCUACGGUUGUUUUACAAGCAUUGGUGCGUGGCUGGUUAGUAAGGAAAAGGGUUUCAGAAGAGAAAGCCAAAACUCGGCUUUUCCACUUUACAGCAGCUGCCUACUGUCAUAUGAGUGCUCUUAGAAUCCAGCGAGCUUAUCGGCUCCACAUGGCCUUGAGGAAUGCUAAGAAGCAUAUCGAUUCAGUCAUCUUCAUUCAGAGAUGGUUUCGAAGAAGAUUACAACGAAAGAGGUUCAUUGAACAGUAUCACAAGAUCCUAAGUGCUGGACGUGAAGCUCAUGCAUGUCGGCUCCAGCAGGAAAGGGCUGCAUUCGUGAUACAGAAGGCAGUACGCCACUUUCUCUUCUGCAGAAGACAGGAAAAGAUCAAUAGCAGUGCCAUUAGAAUUCAGGCAUUAUGGAGAGGCUAUUCUUGGAGGAAGAAAAAUGACCACACAGAAAUCAAAGCUAUCCGACGAAGCCUUAGAGCUGUGAACACGACUGUGGAGGAGGAGAACAAGUUGUACAGAAGAACUGAGCGCGCGCUUCAUCACCUGCUCACGUACAAACACUUGUCAGCCAUUCUGGAUGCGUUGAAGCACCUGGAGGUUGUUACCCGACUGUCUCCACUUUGCUGUGAGAACAUGGCUGAAAGCGGAGCAGUGGCUACCAUCUUUGUUGUGAUCCGAAGCUGUAAUCGGAGUGUUCCUUGCAUGGAAGUCGUUGGAUAUGCUGUUCAAGUAUUGCUGAAUGUGGCGAAGUAUGAUAAGACGAUCUCGGCCAUUUACAAGGCUGAGAACUGUGUGGACACACUGCUGGAGCUUCUGCAGGUGUACCGAGAGAAGCCUGGAGACCGAGUCGCUGAGAAAAGUGCCAGCAUUUUCACAAGAACUUGCUGUUUGUUAGCAGUGCUGUUGAAGACAGAGCAGUGUGCUUUUGAUGCACAAAGUAGAUCUAAAGUCAUUGAUCGUAUUUAUCGUAUCUACAAAUGUACAGUUCCUAAGAAUAAAUUAAAUACACAGGGAUUAUUUGAUAAACAGAAGCAGAAUUCCUGUGUAGGCUUUCCUUGUAUACCAGAAAGAUCUAUGAAGACCAGGUUAGUUUCAAGACUUAAGCCACAGUGGGUUUUGAGGCGUGAUAAUGUGGAAGAAAUUACAAACUCCCUGCAAGCUAUUCAACUGGUAAUGGAUACACUUGGAAUUUCUUAUUAGUAAAUGGAAACAUUUUCAGUAUGGAUCAAAAAGGAAUUUUGCCAAUCAUGNAUACCUGGAGCAGUUUUUACUGUCAGUGUAAACUGUUUAGAUAUGACUUUGUAUAAAAAUAAAAAUGUAUAUAUUAAAGUUACUAAAACUG